CACUGCAUGUCUUGACGCUAUUCGUACUCGCCCGUUAUUUACGACGUCUGAUGUGACGAGCAUACAGAUGAACAUUGCUCCGAGAAAACGGAUCGUAUUGAGAAACCCAAAGCUGCAAUGGGGGGUAAUAUUCGCAGUUAUGUGACAUGACACAAGCGCGCACGGUUGGACAGCCGAGGUGUCAUCGAUCAGAUAUGAUCUGAUUACUGAUCAAUAAAGCGACGAGCGUUGUUGGGAAACCAUGCAUCACGGAGGGCGCGUGAAUUAACGGGAGCUUAAAGAUGGAUCUCCUCUGUGUUUCUUUUUGACGCGCACCGACAACGCGGGAGGCGGGCGGUGGGCUGAACUGAGAGAGGCAACUACCGGCCAAUGCACCGGGGGAACCGCGGCGUGAUCGCGGCCCGGGAGCCGGGAAGUCAGAGGGACACGCUGCGGGGCUGAGUGAUUCGUUCCUCCGGGUAUAACGGCGCGGCGCGGGGAACGAUGGGCUGCGCUCCCAGCAUCCACGUCUCGCAGAGCGGGGUGAUCUACUGCCGCGACUCGGACGAGUCAAACUCGCCGCACCAGACCACCACCAUCUCGCAGGGCACGGCUACCACCCUGCACGGCCUCUUCAUCAAGACCGACGCAGCGGACACGAUCCCCUCCGUGAUCGCGUACCAGACCAGGCACACGCGGACCGGCUCACACCGGGAGCGCAGAGGGAACAGCGGCGGGCACAUCUGCAUAGAGGCCGAGACUCAGACCAGCAACACCAGCAUCAAGGUGUCUGCAACAGAAGAGCGUUUGGGACCAAUGCGUUUAACCCAGGAGCCCAUACAGGUGUUACUGGUUUUCGCUAAGGAGGACAGUCAGAGCGAUGCGUUCUGGUGGGCGUGCGAGCGGGCGGGGUUCAGGUGUAACAUCACACGGACACCUGAGUCUGCGGUGGACUGUUUCCUGGACAAACACCACGAGAUCAUCAUAAUUGAUGGGCGGCACUCGCGGUACUUUGAGGCAGAAGCAGUCUGUCGAAUGAUUCGUGUGACCAAGCCUUCCGAACACACAGUCAUUUUAGCAGUGGUGCCACAAACUCCUUCAGAUCAAGAGGAAUCUUCUUUUCUUCCUCUUCUCUCUGCUGGCUUUUCCAGAAGGUAUGUGGAGAACAGCAGUGUGUCGGCCUGCUAUAAUGAGUUAAUCCAGCUAGAACAUGGAGAAGUUCGAGCUCAGUUUAAACUGAGGGCUUGUAAUUCAUUGUUUACCGCAUUAGAACAGUGUCAGGAAGCCGUUGAGAUCAGCAGCGAAGAUCACGUCAUACAAUAUGUAAAUCCAGCUUUCGAGAAAAUGAUGGGUUAUCAUAGAGGAGAACUGAUCGGUAAAGAGCUGACCGAACUGCCCAAGAGUGACAGAAACAGCGCUGACCUGCUGGACACCAUCAACACCUGCAUGAAGAAAGGAAAGGAAUGGCAGGGGAUCUAUUUUUCAAAGAAGAAGUCGGGUGACAGUAUUCAGCAAUAUGUCAAGAUCACUCCUGUGAUUGGCCAGGGAGGAAAAAUUCGCCAUUUUGUGUCUGUCAAGAGGCCUUACAGUGACAACCACAGACAGGUUCAUAAGUUUAACAGAGAAGAUAAGUGCUGUGGUGAACAUUCACAUUCAGAAUGCAACUCCAUGCGUCACAAAGACCGGAGGAAAGAAUCUGUGGAUGUCAGAUCCAUCAGCUCACACAGCAGUGAUGCUCCCAGUCUACAGAAUCGCAGAUAUUCCUCUAUGGCUCGUAUUCACUCAAUGACUAUAGAGGCUCCUAUCACUAAGGUGAUAAAUAUCAUUAACGCAGCACAGGAGAGCAGUCCCGUGACUGUGGCAGAAGCUCUAGAUCGUGUUUUGGAAAUCUUACGGACCACGGAGCUCUACUCGCCCCAACUGGCCUCAAAAGAGGACGACCCUCACACCAACGACCUGGUGGGGGGACUUAUGAGCGAUGGACUCAGAAGGCUGUCUGGGAAUGAAUAUGUCUUCUCCAAAAGCGCAUUACACAAUAUGAGUCAGAGUCAGCUGCCGGUGCCUGUCCCUUUAAAUGACGUCCCGCCCUCCAUCGCAGAGCUGCUCAAUAAGGAAGAAUAUUGGGAAUUUAACAUCCUGGAGCUGGAAGCAGCUACACACAAAAGGCCACUCUCAUAUCUGGGUCUGAAGGUCUUCACUGAUUUUGGCGUGUGUGAGUUUCUGAACUGCACAGAAGCCACGCUGCGCUCCUGGCUGCAAGUGAUCGAGGCAAAUUACCACGCAUCCAACUCCUACCACAACUCAACACACGCUGCAGAUGUUCUGCACGCCACCGCUUACUUCCUGCGCAAGGACAGAGUCAAGGGAGGUCUUGACCAGUUAGAUGAGGUUGCGGCGCUGUUAGCGGCGACGGUCCAUGACGUUGACCACCCCGGUCGCACCAACUCAUUCCUAUGUAACGCGGGAAGCGAGCUGGCAAUACUGUACAACGACACAGCCGUCUUAGAGAGUCACCACGCCGCGCUGGCAUUUCAACUGACUGUACGAGACAGCAAGUGCAACAUCUUUAAAAACAUGGAAAGGACUCAGUUUCGAACCCUACGGCAAGCCAUAAUAGACAUGGUGUUGGCUACGGAAAUGACACGGCACUUCGAACACGUCAAUAAGUUCGUAAACAGCAUCAACAAACCCAUGAGCGCUAUUGAGGAGACAAGCUCUAAUAGUGAAGGCAGCGAUUGUGAGGGUCAGGCCAGUAUCCGAAACUCACCUGAGAAUCGCUUGUUAAUUAAACGGAUGCUGAUUAAAUGCGCCGACGUGGCCAAUCCCUGUAGGCCUUUGGAGCUGUGCAUCGAAUGGGCUGGACGCAUUUCAGAAGAGUACUUUGCACAGACUGAUGAAGAGAAAAGACAGGGUUUGCCGGUUGUCAUGCCAGUAUUUGAUCGGAAUACCUGCAGCAUUCCCAAAUCCCAGAUCUCGUUCAUCGACUAUUUCAUCACGGACAUGUUUGAUGCCUGGGAUGCAUUUGCCAGCUUGCCAGGCUUGAUGGAACAUUUGGCAGAAAACUACAAAUACUGGAAGAACUUGGAUGAGAUGAAGUGUAAAAGCCUGCGACCCCCACCACCUCCAUGAGCCCCCUCCUGAGGUCAAGGGUCAGAGGUCAUGCCGUCUCUGUCUGACUUCAAAGAUUCAGUCCGCCGCACGCAGAUCAGCAGCCCUGUUCCCGACGACGCUCCCCCCCCCCCCCCCCCCCGUGACAAUCGCCCCGGUUACAAGGGUAAAACAAGCAAUGCACUUUAUCACCAUACACUCCUCCUCCAGCAUCCUUCCUCACUCUUCUCUUUUGGAAUCGCCUGUUUUUAAUGAUUUCCGGACAAGAUCUUUUGUAAUCACGUACGUUGAACACAAGAAGAUGAAGAACACUGCUGUACACAUGUGCACAUCCAUAUAUGGGACACACAGUGGGACUAAAACAUGUAUUGCUCAGAGAGUUUAAAACUAGACACAUGCACAUAUGCACCCAAGCAAAACGAUAAGAUCUGAAUGCCAAAAGGGCUUCAAUUAGACUUUGAAUCGGGAGUAAAAAGAAAAAAAAACUACCAGAAGAAGAUAGAGACCCGCCUGCUCAUCGCCCUUCACAGAUCUUCAGUUUGCAUGGUUUAAGCUUUCACUGAUAUCGAAUUUUGAGAUCACCAAUUGAUGUUUUGUUCACAUGGGGGGUACGGGUUUUUACACCCAUGAAGAGGGACAGUUGCCCCUAAACCUCACUGCUGUGGAGUCAGUUAUCUUUCAGUUGCUCCACACCUGCCUCCCUUCACUUUGAUCAAUGAGGUCAAGAUGUUUUGACUGAAUUUGCCUACAGGACACAAAGGUCAAGUUGCCAAACUCGUAGAACUGAAGACAUGUUGGUGUUUGAACACGAUUCAGUUUUUAAGAAUGUACAAACACUGCGACGGCCGACCUCACUGCGGGUCGUCAGUAUUCCGGCACUUUCUGUAUCAGAACGAUUCAAGCCUUUCUCAGACUCCAAGGACUGGUGUAAUACUCAAUUAUUUUGAUAUAAUAGCCAAUAAUAUCAAAGAAUAUAUUUCUCGAAACACUGUAUAUCCAGACACAUACUGUAAUAACAUAAAGCUUGAUGAUGAUGGUGUGUGUUUGUGUGUGUAUGAGAGCGAGAGAGAGUGUCUGUGUGGCAGUAGAUUUUACAUUUUAAGCAGAACAUUACAGUUAACAUUCCUACUUUACACAACCGUCCACACGGACACAACAUUCCCUAAACUUUUUGUUUAAACUCCAGCACAACCUCAUAAUGAGACCACCCACAUAUUGACAUGUGUUCAUGUUAAUGGGCGUGCUGCAUGUAUUGUGUUAUACCAUUUUUAUGUAUUAUUUAUUUUUAAAUCAGCUUGGCUGUAUAUUGUGCUGUAAUCUCCGGUCUACUUUUACUACGGUCAUACACGACAGUUUUCCGAUGGUGGUUAACAUAGCACUCUGAAAGCCAUAUAAUUCAAACGUUCACCGGUUUGAUCCACCUAUGAUCAGUGUGUUUAUAAUCGAACGUGUUGAGAGGUUUUGAUAAAUGUUUGGUUGCUUCGACACUGUGGCAGGGACUAUAAAUUAUUUUCUCCUUUGGAACAAAACGCAGCUUUGUCAGAAUCACUGAACAGACCAGAAACGAAUUUAUGUUAUAUAUAUUCUGUCCUGAGUGCAGUUGGACGCAUAGCUUGAACAAUGUUGGCUCACAAAGUUGUUGGCUUAGAAUUAUAAAAUGUUUAUAUUUAGCAGAUGAUACAUGUUGUGUAGGUUGGUGGAACGAAUCCGUGAGAACAACAUUAUGAGAACUUACAUCACAAAAGACCCUUCUAGAACACAACAGCAUACAUCACAACAUCACAGUUCUAAAAUACGACAUCAUGAGAUUUUUAAAACACGACAUCAUGAGCAUUCUAAAACACGACAUCAUGAGAGUUCUAAAACACGACAUCAUGAGCAUUCUAAAACACGACAUUAUGAAAGUUCUAAAACACAACAUCAUGAGAGUUCUACACAUGACAUCAUGAGAGUUUUAAAACACGACAUCAUGAGAGUUUUAAAACACGACAUCAUGAGCAUUCUAAAACACGACAUCAUGAGAGUUCUAAAACAAGACAUCAUGAGCAUUCUAAAACACGACAUCAUGAGCAUUCUAAAACACGACAUUAUGAGAGUUCUAAAACACAACAUCAUGAGAGUUCUAUACAUGACAUCAUGAGAGUUUUAAAACACGACAUCAUGAGAGUUUUAAAACACGACAUCAUGAGAGUUUUAAAACACGACAUCAUGAGCAUUCUAAAACACGACAUCAUGAGAGUUCUAAAACACGACAUCAUGAGCAUUUUAAAACACGACAUCAUAAGAGUUCUAAAACACAACAUCAUGAGCAUUCUAAAACACGACAUCAUAAGAGUUCUAAAACACGACAUCAUGAGAGUUCUAAAACACGACAUCAUGAGCAUUCUAAAACACGACAUUAUGAAAGUUCUAAAACACAACAUCAUGAGAGUUCUAUACACGACAUCAUGAGAGUUCUAAAACACGACAUCAUGAGCAUUCUAAAACACGACAUUAUGAGAGUUCUAAAACACAACAUCAUGAGAGUUCUACACAUGACAUCAUGAGAGUUUUAAAACACGACAUCAUGAGAGUUUUAAAACACGACAUCAUGAGCAUUCUAAAACACGACAUCAUGAGAGUUCUAAAACACGACAUCAUGAGCAUUCUAAAACACGACAUCAUGAGCAUUCUAAAACACGACAUUAUGAGAGUUCUAAAACACAACAUCAUGAGAGUUCUAUACAUGACAUCAUGAGAGUUUUAAAACACGACAUCAUGAGAGUUCUAAAACACGACAUCAUGAGAGUUUUAAAACACGACAUCAUGAGCAUUCUAAAACACGACAUCAUGAGAGUUCUAAAACACGACAUCAUGAGCAUUUUAAAACACGACAUCAUAAGAGUUCUAAAACACGACAUCAUGAGCAUUCUAAAACACGACAUCAUAAGAGUUCUAAAACACGACAUCAUGAGCAUUCUAAAAUACGACAUCAUGAGAGUUCUAAAACACGACAUCAUAAGCAUUCUAAAACACGACAUCAUGUGAGUUCUAUACACAACAUCAUGAGAGUUCUAAAACACGACAUCAUGAGAGUCCUUAAACAUGACAUCAUCAGAGUUCUAAAACACUACAUCAUCAGAGUUCUAAAAUGCGACAUCAUGAGUGUUUUAAAAUGCGACACCAUGAGAGUUCUAAAACACAACAUCAUGAGAGUUCUAUACAUGACAUCAUAAGCAUUCUAAUACACGACAUCAUUAGAGUUCUAUACAUGACAUCAUGAGAGUUUUAAAACAAGACAUCAUGAGAGUUCUAUACACGACAUCAUGACAGUUCUAAAACACGACAUCAUGAGUGUUCUAAAACACGAAAUCAUCACACUCCUAAAACACAACAUCAUGAGCGUUCUAAAAUACGACAUCAUUAGAGUUCUAUACAUGACAUCAUCAGAGUUCUAAAACACGACAUCAUGAGUGUUCUAAAACACAACUUCAUCAGAAUUCUGUACACGACAUAAUGAGACUUUUAAAACAUGACAUCAUCAGAGUUCUAAAACACGACAUUAUGAGCAUUCUAAAAUACGACAUCAUGAGAGUUCUAAAACACGACAUCAUAAGCAUUCUAAAACACGACAUCAUGUGAGUUCUAUACACAACAUCAUGAGAGUUCUAAAACACGACAUCAUGAGAGUCCUUAAACAUGACAUCAUCAGAGUUCUAAAACACUACAUCAUCAGAGUUCUAAAACGCGACAUCGUGAGUGUUUUAAAAUGUGACACCAUGAGAGUUCUAAAACACAACAUCAUGAGAGUUCUAUACAUGACAUCAUAAGCAUUCUAAUACACGACAUCAUUAGAGUUCUAUACAUGACAUCAUGAGAGUUUUAAAACAAGACAUCAUGAGAGUUCUAUACACGACAUCAUGACAGUUCUAAAACACGACAUCAUGAGUGUUCUAAAACAUGACAUCAUCACACUCCUAAAACACAACAUCAUGAGUGUUCUAAAAAAAGACAUCAAUAGAGUUCUAUACAUGACAUCAUCAGAGUUCUAAAACACGACAUCAUGAGUGUUCUAAAACACAACUUCAUCAGAAUUCUGUACACGACAUAAUGAGACUUUUAAAACACGACAUCAUCAGAGUUCUAAAACACGACAUCAUGAGUGUUCUAAAACAUGACAUCUCGGUCUGAAUCCCAUACUGUAUAUGGUUUAUUCACAGAGGCACUUGUGUGAUGGAAUUGUUUGAGUUUGCUUGGCACUGCGUUCGAAUGACAGAGCGUUCAGAAUGUUCCAGAUGGCAUCGCGUUUGGAAGCAUACAGCACACGUUCAGCACGUUUCUGACUUUUUCCUCUUUUUCCUGUUCUCUUGUUCUCUCAUCCUUCCUGUCUCUGUUUCCCCCCUUUCUUCAUAUUUCAUUUGUGCUCAUGACAGUGAAUCAGCAGAUCGGGUAACACUUUCAAUAAAGCCUGUACUGUAUAUAAUUCAAUAUAAAUUCAUCUUAAUGCAUUACAAGAUACAGAUACACAUUAGCUGAUGUAUGUACUUGAUGGGUUCUUGUUAGCUCAUUGAUGUUAAAUGCUCAAAUGUUAAAUGCUUCCUCGUUUGAAACUCACUUUGGAUAAAAGCGCCUUGCCUUUAAAUAAUUUUAGAUCUAUUUAGAUAUCUAUUUUCUUUCCACGUAACAAAAGUAUUACAGUGUACUUUUCUCAAAAAUACUGGCACUUUGUAAUUGGUCAUGUUAUUCUCGUCCUUUAGAAUUUUUCUGCAAUUAUAUUAUAAACACAUUCAUAAUGUCUUAUAAUACAUAAAACCUGGAGCUGUGAAUAGGUAAAUUUUUUUAUUAAUUGUGUAAUGCAAGAUAAAGGCAAUAUAAUUAAAUCUAAAACAUGAAAUAGGUUUAAAUGUGAAUAGUUAAUUAUUAUAUUUUAGGUCUGUGGUUAUUUAGGAGUGCAUAUAGGCAUUGAUUUAUUAAAAGGCAUUAUAAAUGCAUUAUAGUGCAUCUAGACUUUUAAAAUAUGCAUUAUAUAUUAUAUACACAGGCUUUAUAGAAAUGUUAUCAUGUUAACACUUUUAAACACAUGCUAUAUGGACAAAAUGCAGUCUCAUAUAUUUACACAACUUUUGCUCUUUAUUUUACUUUACACUGUAGCCUUCCAGACAGUGUAUUAUGUAAAUGAAGGAUGCAGAUUUCUGAGGUCUGGAGUCAUGUCAACGCUUUACUGAUACAGUCCAAUCUCUAUGGAUGCGCUUGUGCCCUCUAGUGGUAAAUCCUGGGAACAGCACCCGUUAUAUAUAUAAUGUUAUUCAUCAUAAAUGUAAAUCUACUCACUGCUUACUCAUCCUCAUGUUGUUUCAUCUUUCUAUAGGAGAACACAAGUACAUCAUACAUACAUGAUCAAAGAUAAACCAUUCAAGUACUCUAGAUGUGGUCAGAAAGACUUAUGCAUUGUAUUCUUCCGAAGGUUUGUGAGAAAAGAUUGAAAUGUCAUUACAAGAAAUUGUUAUUCAUUAAAAUACAAUAAUGUUGCUUAAAGUCUUUGUGACCACAUUUACCAAAACCAUGAACACUUUACAUAAAAAAAACUGAAUAUUUAAAUAGAAUAUAAUAUUUACAUGAAUACAAAGUAUAUAAUAUAUACAUAUACACAUAUAUUAUACUGUCCCUCAUUGUGUAAUUGUAAAUGUUGCGCUAUGGUGUUGUAUGUGUAGGUACACUGAGAUGAAUGUUAAAUUUUAAAAUGUCAUAUUUUAGGGUAAAUCAGGAUUACGGAUGCUAUUAGGUAGCUGUGAUUCACUGCCAGUUUAUAACAUCCUAGCAGGGUAUGUUUGGUAAAAAUGCAUUUUCCCCUAUUCAACAUUCCUAUUCAAAAGUGUGUCUGUUGACUGACUGUGGCUGUAUGGAUUGACUGAACAUUUUGUGAAUGUGAUAUAUAACUAUUAAUAAAUCGAUUUAUCACUGCCUGCUGGCAUGCGGUUCACCAGCAGCAUCUGGAAAGAAACUAUAGAGAUGAGCCAUAAAACACACUUACCAACCUGUUUGAAAGCGUUGGUCAUAAAAAUGGUAACAUUCCCUUCUUUUCCUGUUCUCCACCCAACUGAUCCUCUCUGUUCCUGUGUUAAAAAGCUACUGUAUGUCCCAUCAUGGCUCUUUUAAGACACAUUUUUGUCAGAUACAGGGUUUGUAUGUAAUUAAAAAAAAAUGAGUUUGAAUUUAUAUGGACUAUUUUGGAGAUAUUAAUAUAAAUAUGUAAUACAUUUAGAGACCUUUUUUCAGAUACAUGCCUUAAUCUCGAUUGUGGAAACACCACAGGCUAGUGUCUUUAUUCACCAAACAAAGAGCAUUGUGAAGAGAUUCCCUUUUAAUUCAGAUUUAUAAUAGGAAAAUGCCAUUGUUACCAUGUGAUUGUUACAUUCUGUUUUUAUGUAAUGUUAUAACACUUGUCGAAUUGAAUAUUGGUUUCUGGAUUGUUCAGGUAUUGGUUCGUCUACUACGUCUAGUAUACUGUGGCUGUUGUUAAAUGUUCAGCUGUGAUGUGAUUUAAAGGGAAAGUUCACCGAAAAAUCAUCAUUUACUUACCAGACCUAUAUAAAUGUAUUGGUUCUACUAAACACAAUUAAGAUGUUAAUAAUAGAUCUGGGGCACCAUUCACUUUCGUAGUACUAUUUUUCUGAUUAUGAAAGUCUACAAGGGCUGGUGUGAAAAAGAUCAGUGUUUGAUUGCGAAUAUUCUUCAAAAUAUCUUUUAUUGUAUUCACCAAAACAAAGAAAUGUGUGACACUGAAUCACAAAAUAAUGGUAUGUUUUACAUUUGGACGAGAUACGCCUGUUUGAAAAUCUAGAAUCUGAGGGUGUAAAAAAUCACAAUAUUGAGAAGAUUGCUUUUAAAGUUUAUAUUUAAAGUAAAUAUUAAAGGUGGGGUGCACGAUUUUAAAAAAAAUGCUUUGGAAAAGGGAGUCGGGAGUACCAAACACACUUGUAGCCAAUCAGCAGUAAGGGGUGUGUCUACUAACUGACAUCAUCGCUUGGGUUGUGUAUGUCUGGGGCAGGUCUAUGAAAAAAAGGUCAAGAUUCUAUUGGGUUAAGGGCAUGUUUAUGUGAUUUUUAAAUGUCAACAUUGGCCUUCAGAGAUCGUGCACCCCGCCUUUAAUGAUAAAUAAUUUUUUAUACAUAUUUAUGGUAGGAAAUUUACAAAAUGUCUUCAUGGAAUAUUAUCUUUACGUAAUAUCCUAAUGAUUUUUGGCAUUAAAAAUCAGUCAUUUUGACCCAUACAAUGUAUUGUUGGCUAUUGCUAAAAAAAUACUUAUGACCGGUUUUGUGGUCCAGGGUCACAUUUAUACAAAGUUGGAAUUUUAGGGUAAGUGAAUGAUGAAAAUUUUUGUAAACUAUCCCUUUAAGAAAUAAUUCAACCAAAAAUUCUCUCAUUUUGUAGUGAGAAACAAAAUUUAUUUUUUUCAAGAUCUGCUUCCAUACCACAGUUUAUAGUCGCCACACAUACAGUAUAUCACGUAUCAGAAAAAAGCAUUAAAGCUGUCCAUGUUUCAUAACUCGUAUGCCUUAUAUUCCCAGUCUUCUGAAUCCAUGUGCUCAAGCUAAUGGGAAAAUUUUAUUUGUCGUACUUCAAACAUUAACAACGCAGCCAAAACCGUCCCCUCAGGUGCAAAAUAUUUUCCUAUGUUGUUACAAUACAACACAACGUGCUUUGUUUUGCAACUACCUAAAGUAUUUGCAUUUUAUUGUUUCAUAUGAUCAAAGCUGUCAGUCCCUGUUUGUAUUUGAAGUUUGUUGUAAUUCUGCUGCCAGACAUCCUUCACAUUCAUUAUUGAAGGGCUCACUUACUGUCAUUUCACCGUGACAUCAUAAUUGGGGCGGGUCUGAAGUAGACAGACGGGUGUGAUAAGCGCGUGUAUCGGUGUAUUGAUCGAUGGCUGCAGAGUCUGUGCCAAUUACUGUAUUUUUAAAGAGUGGGGAAUGCAAAAUCUGCAUUAUCCCUUGAGCAAAUGUAUAUAAACUAUUUUUUAUUGAACACAAUAUUGUUGAGUAAAAUUGUUCGUAUGCCAUCCAACAGGUUUCAAAUGAUUUUAUUUUAUUGUUAGUUGUACAAAAAGAUUUAUGUCACAUAUGUUUAAACACGGUUUCUUUCUGAUGUCCGAUUCUGUCUUUACAUCUGUUGUUUGUGAGAGACACAAAUAAACAUUUGCAAUAAAGUCUUUUUGAUCUGAA